CCUAUCAGCCUACCAUGGAUCUUUUUGAAAUGUGGUUGGAAACUUGUAUCCGGAGAAAACCCAUGCGCGCACGGGGAGAACAUGCAAACUCCACAAAGGAAGGUGGGGGCUGGAAUCGAAUUCUGCACUUCUGCACUGUGAGGCAGACGUGCUACCACCGAGAUUCCACAGUAUUUUGUAUCAUACUAAAAAAUAUUUGUAUUUUGUUCCUUUCAGGGAAAAACUGUUUCUGUGGCACUUGAAGAUUGUGUUCCCUCAGAGUAAUACAGAAUUCAGCCAGAAAAGGGUAUGUGACAGGCUAAGUUUAGAAGAGAUCUUGAUGCCUUAUAUACACCCGACAGAGUCAGACCCUAUAAUACGCCAGAAGUUGAAGAGGUAUGUACAUGUCCCAAUUGAGGACGUCAAUGUUUUCAUGAAGGCAGAAGGAUUGAAAGCAAAUUCAGUCAGGUACCACAAAUUGGAUUUACAGAAGAGCCUAAGAGACAACUUGCGCAACAAAAUAUUGAUUGAGUAUCCUUUACUCCAUGUUGUACUGAGCGAUCAUUGGAACGACUUUCCACUAAAAGAACCAGCUGAGCCUGCGUCCGCCAACGAUAAAUAUGCAACAAAGGGUGUCCCUGUGGACCACGCAAGCGAGGACCUCGCCCUAUGUUCCCCAUCUCUGCCUCGGUCUCACACCACAAGAGGAAACGUCUUCACAGCAAUGAGGUCCAGCCCCGAAUCACUGCCCCCACAAGAAAAAAGGCGUAGGAGAGAAUUAGGGGAGGAAGAACUAGAAGAAGGAGAGAUUGCAGAGAGUGAGGAUGAAGAGGAUCACGGAGAAACUAUUGGUAAAAAUAGCACAUUAAAUCAGACAUGUGAUGGUGCCACAAGCAAAGAUGAGCUUGUAGACGAAGGUACCGGUAAUUUGAUUAAAGAUUUAUCAAGUGUUGUCAACAGUAAGGUGAGCAUGACUGAAUGACGCAUGAAUUGGCAGAUAGUUGGAAUUGAAAAUCAGCUUUGUCUAAACUCAAAAAUGUGUUGUCCUGAUUUUUCUUUUUUUUUUUUAAUACAAAAACAAUAAACAAUUGUCAUUGUAAACAAAGAA